AUGUGGUUUAGAUCGAAGCCUAUUUGGAAGUUAUCAGAGGUUACUGCUAGAUCUUUACGUGGUAUCAAUACUAAGAGAUCUUUUACCUGGAAUUCUAAGGGCAGCAAUGCAUUCGUACGCUCCUCUAUUUUGAAGAAGCGUAGUAUGGCUACUGCGUUAUUGGUUACCGCUGUAGCCGCUGCAUCGAGUGUUAAAUUGUCCUCUCGACCUUUAGAUAACGGACCGAAAGUAGAUAUGUCAAAACCUGCCAUUAGUCCAGAUGAAGUCGCUAAACACAAUUCGCCCGAUGAUUGUUGGGUUGUUAUUGAUGGAUAUGUCUACGAUUUGACGGAAUUUGCUCCUGUACAUCCUGGUGGACCUACAGUAAUUAAAUCAAACGCAGGUAAAGAUGUCAGUGCAAUUUUUGAUCCAUUGCAUGCUCCAGAUGUUAUUGAGAAAUUUAUUGAUCCAAGUAAAAGGUUAGGUCCCUUGGAGGGCGAUAUGCCAAAGGAAUUGGUUUGUGCGCCUUUUACACCCGGUGAAACCCCUGAUGAUGUUCAAAGAAAAUUGAAAUUAAGAGCUAGGUUACCUCCGCUGGAUGCAAUUACCAAUCUGUACGAUUUUGAAUUCUUAGCAUCUCAAGUUUUAACCAAGCAGGCAUGGGCUUACUAUUCAAGUGGUGCUGAUGAUGAAAUUACCAUGAGAGAAAACCACUUUGCAUACCAUAGAAUUUUCUUUAAGCCUAAAGUUUUGGUGAACGUUGCUGAGGUGGAUACAAAGACUGAAAUGCUGGGUGCACCUGUUGAUGUGCCAUUCUAUGUUACUGCUACAGCAUUGUGUAAACUGGGUAAUCCAGCUGAGGGUGAAAAAGAUAUUGCAAGAGGUUGUGGAUCUGGUGAGAAAAAGGUGCCUCAAAUGGUUUCCACAUUAGCAUCCUGUUCCUUAGAAGAAGUGGUUAAUGCAGGCAAAGAAGAUCAAAUAAGAUGGUUUCAGUUGUACAUGAAUGAGGAUCGUAGUGUAGUGGAUCAAAUGAUCUCCAGUGCAGAAAAAUUGGGUUACAAAGGUAUAUUCGUAACUGUCGAUGCACCUGGGCUUGGUAAUAGAGAAAAGGAUACAAAGGUUAAAUUUUCUAGUCAGGCCGGUCCGUUGAGUGUGAAAAAGAAGGAAAAGGAGGAUAAAGGUAAAGAUAAUGGAGAAUCUAGUGGAGCCUCUAAAUAUUUAUCUAAAUUUAUUGAUCCUUCAUUCGACUGGGAUGACUUGGUUGAAGUGAAGAAAAAGACAAAAUUACCAAUUGUGAUUAAAGGUGUUCAAAGAGUUGAAGAUGUUGUUAAGGCUGCUGAAGUUGGCGCUAGUGGUGUUGUGCUUUCAAAUCAUGGUGGUAGGCAAUUAGAUUUCUCUAGGUCACCAAUUGAAGUUUUGGCUGAAGCUCAACCAAUUCUCAAAGAACGCAAUUUUGAAAACUUUGAUGUUUUCGUUGAUGGUGGUAUUCGCAGAGGUACUGAUGUGGUUAAGGCUCUUUGUCUUGGUGCUAAAGGUGUUGGUUUAGGUAGGCCUUUCCUAUAUGCCAACUCGGUUUAUGGGAAGGAAGGUGUUCAAAAAGCAAUUGAUAUUCUCAAUUUUGAAGUGGAGAUGACGAUGAGAUUGCUUGGUGUUACUUCUAUCAAGCAAUUGGGGCCGGAGUUGAUAGAUACUUCAUGUAUUAAAUCCAGAUCUGUUCAAGUACCAAGGGACUACCUCUACGACAAGACUUACAUGAGUUCUGAUUUGGUUAGUUUCAUGCCACCACAAGAAGACGAGGCUGAUGGCGAGAACGAGUGA